GUGUCUGUGGUCUGAAGGUUGCGAGCUCCGACUCCCCGGAGAUACUGGUUCGCAUGGGGGAUCUACCGUCCACGCCCCGGACGCGAGGAGGUGCUACCGCUCGACCGGACGCGUCGGUAUACGUGCAAACUUUGCCAGCAAAGUCACUGAUGAAAGGGAUAGUGCUGAGUUAUGACGGGGCUUCUGGAUCGAUGAUGGCACGCACCAGUUGGAACAAGGUUGAGUACCUUCGCACCUCCUUUUACUGCGAUGGCAAGCGUCACAUGCCUAGUGACAGUCGGGAGGGACAACCCACCUUGGCAAGACGCUUGCGCUUUACCGACUUUGGAAGGGUUGGAGAGGGUGGAGAGAGGGGAGUGUUGGGCACGGAUAACGAGUCGCCGUCCUCAACGGGCGUCACUAGUGUCCUGGUCUCGGCUGAAUAUGUUGAGGCUUCCGAAAGAGGAAUGACGAUUAGCAGCCACCGCAAGCAUAGAACUGAGAGACCGAACUCUGACGAGCCGGCUGAUGACGAAAACAAGAGAUCGAGCCGCGGUACGGGAUGGUCUGGGUCACAGCGCAGGAAAAAUGUUUGGCAUAGUGAACGUACAGAAUGGAACUCUUCUGUCUCAGUAGAGGGAUGCUGGCGAAUACUCCAUGUGACAAUUAGACCCCAGAACGCUUUUGUUGGGACCUGA